AUGUCGACGUCUCCCUCGUCCUCUCCUUCAACGGCAGAAAUAAUAGAAGGAUUUGCAUUUCAGCACUCCUCUCCGCUUUCCUUGCGGCAGCAGCCACUGUCAUCUCCACCCGCUCCACCAUGCAAUGAUCCCUCGCAAGUUCACGACUACAACUUCUCCGGUGUAGUCUACGAUGACACCACUGCUGCUGCAGAGUCAGAAGACCAAGGAGAAGUAGAAGAUGAGCAAGAGGAGGAGCUGUUGGACAAUGACAGAAGAAUCUCCGGAUGUUCCUCCAUAUCUUCAUUCCCGGCGUCAAUCUCGCAGCGUGUGCCCUCGAAACAAAGUCACUAUGACAAUCCGCGGACUCCUACGAAACGAGACUCGACUAUUUCGCAUGGCUUACACAAAUCUGGUGGUCGAGACUGUCCGGUGACAUCGCCUAGAAGCCUCAGAGAAUACCACUCGCCCUUUCGUCAUCCCAGCAGCGUCAGGGCUCUCCAGAUGAGAGACGAGAUCAUGAGCGAGACACAUAGCGUGCUCAGGCACAGACGUAGUGGCUCACAGGUGUCCUCGUACAGCAACAGAAGCUCUUAUUCCGCGCACACCUCUCCUACGAAGCGAUCGAGUCGGUCAAAUCGGGGAUCACCACACAAGGGGACCAGCAAUCUCAGAAAAGAGUUUCCACUUGUUCUGUUACAUUGCACACUAUUACCACCGACCCUCCUGUCGCAAUCGACGUCUCAUGGGGACACCUUCAUAAGUGAUUUCCUCCCUGGCGAAUACAAACAGAGAUGGAUCACUCUGCAAGAUAAGCUGGUUGAGGACGUCGAGGUCAGAACAAGAGGAAUAUUGAUAGCGCAUCCGAGAGAGGACUAUGAGCUUCUCGAAGAGCGGCUUCUGGAGAGCUUGGACCUCGAAAGACCUCGGAUCAGUCAUGACCAUUACUUCCCACAUGAUGGCAGUGGAGGGGAUAGUGGCUUUGAAAGUGGCAGCAUGACCGGCGACGAAACUGACAAUGAGGUACCAAGCGAAGCCAAGUGCCCUGACUGUGGAAGAAGACUGCGCCCAGGUGAGACACCUAGAAAGUGGGAGGUCAAGGUCUUUGCUGCCAAUGGACUGAUGAGAGCCGGUGCGUGGGCUGCCGCGUGGCAGGAAAUGGAGAAAGUGGACGUGGAGGUAAAGGUCUGGCUCCCAGAAGAAGUACGGAGAGAUUUGGAAGCGAAAAUUGCACUCAUCGAGACGAGUCCUCCCGGGAGAGAAGAUGCGGAUCCUGAGUACGAUAUCAGUCAGCCUGAGUGUGCAACUACUCGUGAGCAAGAGGUGUAUGGCACAAGCGGCAGAGUCAGGAGUCAAUCUGAGAUCGACGGCUUUUUGGAAGAAUCAAAGAUACCGCAACAAGCCGCACCCACAGUGUUGCAGCCAGCACCUAAGGAAAUGGAUCUGACAACCCUGAUGCUUGCUUCCAUGCGAAAGCUAAGUCAAGACCACCGAAACUUCAUCCUAGGCGUGUUGAGCUGCUUGGUAUUGUUUUUGGCUUUGGUGGGCCAGAAUUCCUCGAGCGGACACGAGCCUGCGUUGGACAGGUCAAACCCAACGCAUUUGCCAGAGACCUUGACAACCACAGUCACUACGACAAGCGUCGCGAUCGCUACGGCCACCGUCACGACUUCUAUCGUUGCUCAGCCGCUUCAGAUCCCGUACGCUUCGGAAAUCGCAAAUUCGUCGGUAAGCGACUGUCCUGAAAGCGUUCUGCGACAGUUGUCGGAGGCAACUUCAGCACCUCUCCAUCCUACCUCCAUUGAUACACAACCAUCACUUCCUUCAUCAGUUCGAGAGUUUGCAUCACCAGAAGCAAGUAUCCUGGAUGAGACUCCGAAUCAAUCAUCUUCGCAAAAGAAGUUAGAGGCAUCUCAAGUACCUGUCAGCGAGCUUUCCAAGGACUAA